CCGGCCGGGAACGUGGACGCGGGUGAGAGGCCCCCGACCCGUGGCCCGGCCGCGCGGGAGCGCCGUCCGAGGCCCGCAGCCGAGGUGCGGGGCCCUUGCCAGAGCCUGGGAAACGAUCGCGCAGCGCAGUGGGGUCUGAAAGCCAUUUUUCCCCCCGCGAGGAAUUUCUAUAAGAGCAAGUAACGAAUUUCCCCAGCUGGAGUGGCGGGGUGGCGAGUGGCGGGGGAAUCUAGCGGAAAACAGGUUACUAGAAGAAAUGGCCAAUGUGCGUCCACCAAGUUUUUCUAUAGAAGAACUUAAUAUAUACUGUCAGAAGCGCAACUUGGUACUUAAGUAUUAUGAACUGUCUAAGAAAGGACCUGCACAUAACUUAAAGUUUACAUUUCAAGUUAUCAUAAAUGAGAGAAAAUAUUCAGAAGCUGAAGGUAAAUCAAAGAAGGAGGCCAAAAAUGCUGCAGCCAAAUUAGCUAUUGAAAAACUUAACGAAGAAAGCAAGGCAGUUAGUUCUUUAUCACUGACAACAACAGAUACUUCAGAAGGACUAGGAAUAGGAUCCAUUGAGAAUUUCAUAGGCCGUUUGAAUAGGCUUGCCCAGAAGGAAAAACUAUCUGUAAAUUAUGAACAAUGUGAACUGAACGAAUCUGGGCCAGAAAGAUUUUAUUAUAGAUGCAAGAUUGGACAGAAAGAAUAUGCUGUUGGCGGAGGUGCUACUAAGCAGGAGGCAAAACAGAUGGCCGCGAAAUUUGCAUAUCAGCAGAUAGAGAAGACCUCCAUGAAAGAGGACUCAGCAGCAUCCAGUGAUUCUUGGACUACUUUGUCUAGUGACUCCGGAAACAGCGCUUUGGUGAAAAACAUAUCUGCUUCUAAAUCACCACUUGGAAAUGAUUCCUCACCAAAUGCAACAGAAAGAAAUUGUAACAGCAACAGUGUCAACACUUCUUCAUCUCCUCUGAGCAAUGUCAGAAGUAGUGAAAAGAAGGUGAAAAGAACUUUGGCACCUACCUUUAACUCUCCUGUGAGCAAAGGAAACAAGCACACUGUGGAAGAAAGGUUUGCUAAUGAUUUUACAGAAAUAAUGCCAAUUGGCUUAGGCGGAUAUGGUCAUGUUUUCAAAGCAAAGCACAAAAUUGAUGGGAAGAUUUAUGUUAUUAAACGUGUUAAAUAUGAUAAAGAGAAUAAGGUAGAGCGUGAAGUAAAAGCUUUGGCAGAUCUUCAUCACCUAAAUAUUGUUCAGUACUAUAAUUGCUGGGCUGGGGAAGAUUACCAUCCUGAGGACAGCGUAAAUCCUUCAAGACCAAAGAUUAAAUGCCUUCUCAUCCAAAUGGAAUUCUGUGACAAGGGGACAUUGGAAGCAUGGAUUGAUGACAGAAGAGGCAAGAAACCAGACAAACCUUUGUCUCUGGAAUUAUAUGAACAAAUAGCAGAAGGUGUAAAGUAUAUACACAGCAAAGAGCUAAUUCACAGAGACCUUAAGCCAAGUAACAUAUUUUUAGUAAAUACAAAGCACAUAAAGAUUGGAGACUUUGGACUUGUGACAUCCUUGAAAGAUUAUGCAAAUCGGACAAGUAGUAAAGGAACUCUUCGAUACAUGAGCCCAGAGCAGAUUUCUUCACCAGAAUACGGAAAAGAAGUGGAUAUCUUUGCUAUGGGGCUAAUUCUGGCAGAACUUCUUUAUAUAUGUCCCACUCUUUCAGAAACAAUACAGAUUUUUAAAGCGCUAAGGGAUGAGAAGUUCCCAGAUGUGUUUGACGCCAGAGAAAAAUUUCUUCUGCAUAAAUUACUGUCACAUGAUCCCACAAAGCGACCUAAUGCUUCUGAAAUACUGGAGACUUUGAAGGAGUGGAAAAAUGUUGCAGUGAAAAAGGAACGAAACACGUAUUAGAGCCCUUUUAAAAAAAGUAUCCUACUUUGGAUAUUGAAUUUUUCUGUAACUGUCUAAAAUCUUCUAGGAACUACUGAUGGUAUUUACCUUCUAUUUUAAUUUUUCCCUUAAUUUUUCACUACAUUUUAGGAAGAUUUGAAUUUUUUUUAACUUCAAAAUCAUUUAUACAUUUGCCUUAUUUUCCUGGUUUAUCUCCUUAUUAUAAACAUAGGGAAUCUCUCAAAUUUUUUCUAUCUAUUAGUGAAUCAAUCAAUUAAUAAAUGUUAAGUGUUCAUUCUUUCUGGGCCAAAAAAUAUAAGAAGAUGUUUCCCUGUCUUAGAUAGCUAACCAGCUCAUUAAAGAAAUAUGAUAUCCAUAAAAAGAUAAGUGGUUUUCUGAUUUUGGAAAACAGUUUGGUCAAAUCUGGUUAGGUUGAAGGUUUAUAUACCCUCAAAGCCAUCAAUUCCAAUCCCAUGUGCAUGCCUACAAGAAUGUUCAUAGAAAGUCUGUUUGUAAUAGCCAAAAG